AUGGCCCCUCUUUACACCAACAGUGGUGGGGGUGUGGAGCAGGUAGUAUUCACCCUGGUUUUCAUUGGCUGUAGGAGAGAUGCGGCUGUAAAGACAGUAAAGAUUAAUUUCCUUCUCCCUGCUCUCCCUGCAGCCAUCGAGGAGUACAAACCCCAGGACGCCACCACCAACCCCUCCCUCAUCCUGGCGGCCGCCAAGAUGCCAGCAUACCAGCACCUGCUGGACCAGGCCAUUGCGUACGGGCUGGGCGCAGGCGGGACGGAGGAGGAGCAGGUGACCAGCGCCAUGGACAAGCUGUUCGUCAGCUUCGGCCUGGAGAUCCUGAAGAAGGUCCCGGGAAGGGUGUCGACCGAGGUGGACGCCAGGCUGUCGUUCGAUAAGGAGGCCAUGGUGGCGCGGGCGCGCAGGCUGGUGGAGCUGUACGAGGAGGCGGGCGUCGCCAAGGACAGGGUGCUGAUCAAGCUCACCUCCACCUGGGAGGGAAUUGAGGCCGGCAGGGAGCUGGAGGAGAAGUUGGGGAUCCACUGCAACAUGACGCUGCUGUUCUCCUUCGCCCAGGCGGUGGCCUGCGCAGACGCCCACGUCACCCUCAUCUCGCCCUUCGUGGGCCGGAUCCUGGACUGGUACAAGGAGAACACGGACCGCAAGAGCUACGAGCCAGCUGAGGACCCCGGUGUGGUGAGCGUGACCAAGAUCUACAACUACUACAAAAAGUUCGGGUACAAGACGGUGGUGAUGGGCGCCUCCUUCAGGAACACCGGGGAGGUGAAGGCGCUGUCCGGCUGCGACUACCUGACCAUCUCCCCGGCGCUGCUGGCGGAGCUGAGCAGGGACCACAGCCCGCUGGCGCCGGCGCUGUCCGAGCAGGCCGCUCAGGCCUGCGAGCUGCAGAGGGUGACGCUGGACGAGAAGGCCUUCCGCUGGCUCCACAAUGAGGACCGCAUGGCCGUGGAGAAGCUGAGCGACGGCAUCCGCAGAUUCGCCGCCGACGCAGUGAGACUGGAGACCAUGAUCAAGGAGAAGAUGCUGAGCGCGAGGAACGGGAAGUGAGCUGGACCCCCAUCUCCUGGACACCUGGGGUUUGACCUAUGACCCUGGGUGGUGGACCAGGGGAGGAGGGAUGACCCUGCACUGCGCUGGACUCGGGGGUGGGGGGGUGACCCCCAGUGUGCUCUGGCUCUGAUCCUGAUGGGGGCGUUGACGGGAGACUCGGUUCAGCUGUACCCCUCCCUCACGCCCUGAGCCGAACGAAAUUCCUACAUUCCUUACGUGCGUGUUAAUUCCUUCAGAAAUAAAUCCAGUAGCUUUCUCA